UACAGUGGUAGGACCUGCAAGACCAAGCUGUCAAACUAAAGCAAUUGCCAUUAUUAUUGUUACUAUUAUAAACAUAGCAGCGGUUCCUUGUUGCACAUAAAAACAUAAAUUACAUUGCAACUAACGAUUUGCAUUAAAAGUCCCAAGUCACAAUGAACCGAAGGAUAAUGAGGCUGUCUCUUCACAAGUGCCACCGUGGACCAUGUCACUGAUCCUGUUUGCCUUUGUGGUGCGGGUUAGGGAUGGGCUCCCGCUGUCAGCGUCCACGGAUUUUGAACACAACAGGGAAUUGCAUGAGCGCAAACAGCAGCUGAAGACGAUAUCGAAGGCACUGACAUUGUUUCCAGAGAGAGGGACAGUGAAAGGCCAUGAACUCAACAUAUACUUUAUCACGUCAGAAGGAGUUUCCUACAUGACUAUUUGCUCCUGCGGAUUCCCCACCACCAUGGCCUUCUGCUUUCUGGAGGACCUCAGAUGGGAGUUCACAGCAGCCUUUGACAGCACCACAGUUGCUCUGGCAUCCAGACCGUAUUCAUUCCUGGAAUUUGACGGUGUCAUUCAGAAGAUGAAGCAUCAGUACAGCAACUGCAACUCCCUCUCACUCUCUAUGAGCCUCAUGGAUAUUCAGGAAGACCUCAGGGCAAGGCCUCCCGAAAUCCUGAAUCUGGAGGAGAUGGUGCUGAGCAAUGGGACAGCCAAUGGGCACACAGAGCCUGUGUCCGGAGCUGGAUCAAAUCAAAGACUGGAGCCAGUGACAACCUUGGGGAUCCUGUCCCUGGUUCUUAACAUUAUGUGUGCAGCUUUGAACCUCAUCCGUGGAGUUCACCUUAUCGAAUACACUUUUCAGGAUGACAAUGAAGGAAUAUGGAAUGUAAUAGCUUUUCUGGUAGCUUUUGCCUGCUGUCUUUGUCAGCUUCAUGGCUUUGCCCUUCUUCAGAGAAAUUGUCUGGUCUGACAGUUCCUGGAUUACUUUACAUUUCUCAUUUAUGUAUGGUGUUUGAAACACUUCGAAAAAGGUCGAGAAAUAGAUCAUGAUAUCAAUGGUAUACUUUUCAUCCAUGUUGUUUACAUCAUAUCUCUUUCUUUGUUCUUCCUUUUGUAAUUCCACUUCAGCAUUUGCUUUGUCGGGAACAGAUGAUUGCUUUCUACAAUAUGUUUGGGGAAUGGUUUGGCAUUGUGAUAUGGGUGUUCUCCAUCUGUUGUUUAUGAGGAUAUAAUCUAUUUGAUAGAUAAUAGAUAUUAUUAUCUUUUUGUAUGGGUAUCGCUAUGUGCAUUUUUGUCUUCUGUGAUGUCGGAACACUGUGUAUGUGAUUGCAAGGUUGUUAUUGAUGCAGAAGUCAAUGAGGUUCUGUCCUUUUUCAUUACAAUCACCCAGUCCAUGCUUUCCAGUUAUUCCAUCUGUUUGCACAUCUGUUACUGCU